GCGUGUCCUUUGUCGUGUCCGUAGCGGUGCCCAGUCGAAGAGUAUUUCGCAUGAAGAGAACUGGACCCCUUAUCGGAUCCUUCAAGCUGAAGGCAAAGCCACCGUCUUUCUCUAGAGAGUGUAGCAGAUCUUGUAUUGGUUUUGGUGUCUGCUUCGCCGAUCACCAUGCUCGACUCGUUCUUUAAUAAGGGUUUCAAAGCGGCAAAAUGCAAAACUCUGCUGAAGCUGACAAUUCCUAGGAUAAAGCUCCUGCGGAAUAGAAGGGAGAUCCAGUUGAAGCAGAUGCGAAAGAAUAUUGCCAGCCUUCUCCAGAAUGGGCAAGAAGCUACUGCCCGUAUUAGGGUGGAACACAUAAUUCGGGAGGAGAACAUGAUGGCUGCACAAGAGAUCAUUGAGCUAUUCUGUGAGCUCAUUACUGUUCGCCUUCCAAUAAUUGAGAUUCAAAGGGAAUGUCCAUUAGACCUCAAAGAAGCAAUCUCAAGCAUAUGCUUUGCAGCACCUAGGUGCUCAGACUUGCCUGAACUGUUGCAGGUGCAGAUGUUAUUUGCAAACAAGUAUGGAAAGGAAUUUGUUGCAGCUGCUACAGAACUGAUCCCAGAUUGUGGAGUAAAUCGCCAGCUUAUUCAAUUAUUGUCUGUUCAUGCUCCUUCUGUGGAAACAAAAUUGAAACUACUCAAGGAAAUUGCUGAAGAGCAUGAGGUAGACUGGGAUCCAGCUUCCACAGAAACGGAGUUUCUUAAGCCUCAUGAAGAUUUGCUGAAUGGACCAAACAAUAUCAGUAGCAGUCCUACAUUACCUCUUCCAAAAGAGAGGCAUAUUUCUUCCCCAACUAAGAACACUGUUGAAGAGAUGCAGGAACCUGAUUUAGAUUCUGGUGAUGAUUCAUGGGAUCUCCCAGAAGUGCCAAGAGGUUCAGUUCAAGCUAAUUCCGAUUCCCCUCAAUCACCGGCCAUUCUUUUGCGUCCACCUCCUCCGCCAUUCAAUUCCGAGAUUGAACAAGAGGAAACAAAAACUUUCCCUUCAUAUACUGCAGAGCCUAAAUCAGAAAGUCUUAGCCACUCUGUUACUGCCAGUGGAAACAAACAGUUUAUCCCUUUUGUGUCUCCACCUUCUCCCCCAUCUCCCCCAUCUCCCCCAUCUUCAUCUUCAUUACAUGCAAUGCAAACAGAGGCAUCUCCUCCCCCCUCUCAAAUCAAGCCUGAGCUUAAAGAAGACCUGCAGGAUGUCCUGGCUGCUGCUCAGACAGCUGCAGAUUCAGCCGAACGAGCUGCUGCAGCAGCUCGUGCUGCCGCAAGCCUUGCCCAGGUAAGAAUUGCUGAACUUUCGAUAAAGAAAAAGAGCCAAUCCUCUCAUGAUUUUGAGAAUGAAGGGGAGAAUCCAACGUGGAACCAGCAGAAUUCAGUUGAUGAGUUAAAGCCUGUUCCAUCAUGGGAUUCAAUCUCCCCAGCUCAAGAUUUGCCCAAGAUGGAAGCUGGCUCACCAGAUUAUACCGGAUUGGUUCCUGAGUAUGAUUCAGUUCAUAAACCUCAGAGAUCUACUUCAAUGGAGGAUGAUCCAUAUUUCUCCUACCCCAAUUUGUUCAGCAGACAAGAGUCAAAUCUCCUCGCUCGUUUUUCAUCUUCAGAUAAUUCUCGGCCAGCUCAUGAUACCUGAUGGCAGCUUCAAACAAAAUCCUGGCUUCGUUGGUUCCAUUAUUUGCGCCAAUUUAGUGUUGUGCUUUUAUGUUCCUAAAGAGCAGAACAUUGAGAGAGUUUCAUGUACAGGUGCUAUCAAUUGUCUUUAGUAAAAGCUAAUGGUUAUUGCCUCUCCUCAUCAACUCGAUGGACUUGCUAAGUAUUUAUUUACUUCGCUCUUUGGAUUCCUUUGUUUGUUCUUCAUUAAAUGGUGGCUCUCAUCACCACCUAUAGUGAUCCAAAUGUAUUUUCCUGUUCCUUAGUACCAGAAAGUGUGGUUCUUGGUCUAAUAAAUUAUAUCUCGAGCUUAUAAAUC